AUGGCAGCUCUGCUAUCGGCUAGUCGGCACGCCACCAUCUUCCGCCCAUCGGUACCGAACGUGUGGAUUCUGUCCUGGCUGGUCAGCUAUCAGCGGAAAAGCACCAACAUCAGUGCAGUCGAUUCCUUUAUCAGUGAGCUGAUGGAGAACAAAAAGCUUAAGUGGAAAGUGUUAAACAGUCGCCAUCGGAAUGUUAAAUCGAUAGCGCCAGCACCAAUCGGGCCGACGGAAAUGGCAACGGCUGUCCGCAGUCCGACGGAAACGAUCUUACGAUCCUCGUUUCGGCUCAGUGAGCUGUACAAUGAACUAACAAAUAAUCCGCUAGUCGUUAACAUUAGCCAAAUGGAAGUGUCCCAGAUCGAUCAUUUACUGGAGACGGCACUACAGGAAGAAAAUGUGGAAGACGUAAGUCGUCUACUAACGCAGAUACUGGAGUAUAAAAAGUUACCCUCGAUGCCGGUGUUGAACGCAGCACUUAAACAUUUGUCACAUAAGAAAGAAAUGGAAACGAUAGAACAGUUGACUGAACUGUACAUUCAUCUUUAUCCGGAGCAGAAAACGGCCCUAGGGAGAUUCGAACACUUUAAAGCCCUGUGUCAGUGGAAACUGGGAAAUACGCUGAAAUCGCUGGAAAAUUUUCGAACAAUUAUGAUCGAUUGUAACGAGGAACAGUUGCUAGUCAUUGACCACAUACUACUGGAGAUGAUCGAUGAAACGAUCGGCAAGAAAAGCGAAGCCGUGUUGCUUGCGGUGAUAAAUCUGUGCGAAUUCUGUCUAAUCGAAUUGCGGCACGAUUUCCCGAUCUGCUACGUGUGGGAGAAGAGUUUCCUGAGCACGUGGCACAGUGAUCAGGAGGCAGCGAAAACGUUGUUCGAUCGACACGCCGCACUAAGACGAGCUGUUGGCAGCAGAACGUCGAAUCUUAGCUACAAACUGCUGUACGACAGCAACGUGGAAAAGGUGUACCAACUGAUCGAGCUGUUCCUGAAGCACGAUAUGAAAGCGGAAUGUAAACCUCUACUGAUCAGACUGUUUGAAUAUCAGUAUUGGCGAAAAAACUUACGCGGCUGUUCGGAAAUUAUGCAAAACGCCAUCGAUCUCAAUAUUUCCCUGCCCGAGAUGUGCAAUCGUCAUUUGCUGGAGCUUCUACUGGGACAUGCCUCAACCGCGACGGUGCACAAGGACUCUACGAAACAAUCGAAGGACCUGAAGCCAAACAAAUAUCAGCUCAAGUUUUAA